AUGACAGCUGUAGUGACGACCAGGCUGGCGGCAGCUGGAGUCACGAAUGGGCAGGCCGCAGCCAGAGUCACGAAUGGGCAGGCCGCAGCCAGAGUCACGAAUGGGCAGGCCGCAGCCAGAGUCACGAAUGGGCAGGCCGCAGCCAGAGUCACGAAUGGGCAGGCCGCAGCCAGAGUCACGAAUGGGCAGGCCGCAGCCAGAGUCACCACCACGAAGGCGGCGAUGACUGCUGCAGUGAAGACCAGGCUGGCGGUGAUGACAGCCGGAGUCACCACCAAGGAGGAGGCGAUGACAGCCGGAGUCACGAUCACGAAGGCGGCGAUGACAGCUGCAGUGAAGACCAGGCUGGCGGUGAUGACAGCCGGAGUCACCACCAAGGAGGCGGCGAUGACAGCCGGAGUCACCACCAGGGAGGCGGCGAUGACAGCCGGUGUCACCACCAGGGAGGCGGCGAUGACAGCCGGUGUCACCACCAGGGAGGCGGCGAUGACAGCCGGUGUCACCACCAGGGAGGCGGCGAUGACAGCCGGAGUCACCGCCAAGGAGGCGGCGAUGACAGCCGGAGUCACCGCCAAGGAGGCGGCGAUGACAGCAGGAGUCACCACCAGGCAGGUGGCAGCCGGAAUCGCCACCAGGUAG